AUGUCCUCCCGGAAGAAGCGGGAGUUGAUGAAACCCCCCUCCAUCUCCAAGAAGAGCCGGGCGGGAAGCCCUGUCCCGCAGACCCUGCCGCGUGGCGGUGCCAGCUGCCUGCCAGGGCCCCCGGAGCCCUACGGGGCACAGCCCCCUGGCCCCCCGACCCACUGGACCAGCCUCGCCGGGGUGGGCGGCGGGAUGGGGCAGAUGCCCCGGCACGGGCACGGGGCCGGGGGGGCUGUGGGGCCGCAGGCGGACUCCAAGGAGCUCCAGCGGCCGCUGGCCCACGAGUGCCUGGGCGAAACCCUGCGCAUCCUGCGCCAGGUCAUCAACAAGUACCCGCUGCUCAACACCCUGGAGACCCUGACGGCCGCUGGGACCCUCAUCUCCAAAGUCAAGGGUUUCCAUUAUGAAUCCAACAAUGAGUCGGACAAGCGGGAGUUCGAGAAGGCUGUGGAGACCAUCGCAGUGUCCUUCAGCAGCACCGUCUCCGAGUUCCUCAUGGGGGAGGUGGACAGCAGCACCAUCCUCUCCAUCCCACCCAGCGACCAGAACCAGGCUAUGGAGAGCCUCUACGGGGGGAUCCCCGGCCCGGGAGGAGACGGCAUGCCUUCGGGCAUGGAAACCUAUGACACGGGCCGUCCUCCUGCCGAGGAGGUGGACGUCACGCUGCAGCGCUGCGAGGGGGGGGUGGAUGCUGCCCUCCAGUACGCCAAAAACAUCUCCAAGUACAUGAAGGACCUCAUCGGCUACCUGGAGAAAAGGACCACGCUGGAGAUGGAGUUUGCCAAGGGGCUUCAGAAGAUGGCAAACAGCUGCAAGCAAACCAUCAGCCAGGAGACCAACAUGCCUUUCCUGUCCAUCUACCUGCUGGCCCUGGAGCAGGAUAUGGAGCACGGGACGUCGGUUCUGCAGGCUGCCAACACCCUGCAGCACCAAACCUUCCUCCAGCCGCUAACAGUGAGACGCCUCGAACAUGAAAAACGGAGGAAGGAGAUCAAGGAGCAGUGGCACCGGGCACAGAGGAAACUGCAAGAGGCAGAGGUCAACCUGCGCAAGGCCAAGCAGAUAUACAUGCAGCGCAGUGAGGAGCACGAGAAAGCCAAGUACACGGCAGCGAAAGCAGAAGAAGAGCAGCAGAACACCACCAGCAGCAUCACCACCAAAGCCCUGGACAAGAAGAGGCGGCUGGAAGAGGAAGCCAAGAACAAGGCAGAAGAGGCGAUGGCCACGUACCGGACCUGUGUGGCGGACGCAAACACCCAGAAGCAGGAGCUGGAGGAUACCAAGGUGAACUCCUUGCGGCAGAUCCACGAAGUGAUCAAACAGAGUGACCAGGUCAUCAAGACGGCCACGAUCUCCUUCUACCAGAUCAUGCACAUGCAGACGGCCCCGCUGCCCGUCAACUUCCAGACGCUGUGCGAGAGCAGCAAGCUCUACGACCCCGGGCAGCAAUAUGCCUCCCACGUCAAGCAGCUGCAGCGCGGGGACGAGCCUGACGUCCAGUACGACUUCGAGCCCUACGUGUCGCAGAGCGCCUGGUCCCCCUUUACUCGGACACGGAAAGGCAGCUUCAACGCCAAUGACUUCUCAACAAACGCCGGCUCUGAUGGGGCCGGGCUGCCCAAGGAUGGGAGCGGCUCGGAAGGAGGAGCAGGAGCCAAGGAGCAGCAGAGCGGGGCCGUGGUGGCGGAGCGGAGAGGCGGGAGGGGACACCAGGUCCACAAAUCCUGGCCGACCACCACCACUGAGGCUGACAGCAGCCUGGAUUCCAACACAGGUGAAUUCAGCCAUAAACUCCAGCGCUUGUCUUCCAACGGCACCAUGUCCUCCAGCGAAGAGCUGGAAGAGAAGGAUGAGAACGCCACCCCCUUUGAGCAGAGCAUCAAUGGGAUCACACCGGAGAUGACGGCUCCAACAGGGCCCUUCCGAAACGUUGGCUUAUCCAAGGCUGCCCAGACUCAUCGGCUGAGGAAGCUCCGUACCCCUUCCAAGUGUCGGGAGUGCAACAGCUACGUUUACUUCCAGGGAGCAGAAUGCGAAGAGUGCUACCUGGCCUGCCACAAGAAGUGCCUGGAAACCUUGGCCAUCCAGUGCGGGCACAAGAAGCUCCAAGGGAAGCUGCAGCUUUUUGGGCAAGACUUCACCAAGGCUUCUCAGGGCAGUGUGGACGGCAUCCCCUUCAUCAUCAAGAAGUGCAUUUCUGAGAUCGAGAAGCGGGCACUGAAAACCAAGGGCAUCUACCGAGUUAACGGCGUCAAGACCCGCGUGGAGAAGCUUUGCCAGGCGUUUGAGAAUGGGAAAGAGCUGGUGGAGCUGUCCCAGGCCUCCCCUCACGACAUCAGCAACGUCUUGAAGCUCUACCUGAGACAGGUCAACCUAUGGAUUGUGGAAGUGGAACAGGACAACAAGAUGACCUCGAGCAACCUGGGCAUCGUCUUUGGGCCAACGCUGAUGCGCCCAAGGCCCACGGAUGCCACGAUUUCCUUGUCCUCGCUGGUUGAUUAUCCCCACCAAGCUCGCAUCAUUGAGGCGCUCAUCAUCUUCUACUCAACCAUCUUUGAGAACAACGAGACCACGGUGCUGGCCGACUCCGGCAAAUUUGGCACAGGCGGCGAGGCUGCCGGGGGCUCCUCCCAGGCUGGCGCAGGUCCCCAGCCCGCAGCUCCUCCCGGCAGCGGCGCCUACCUAGAGCUGCCUUCAGAGAAGGGGAAUUUGGGUUACAGCACCCGGCCAUUUGCGGAGUCUGGCGACCGCUCCGUUGACUCCGACUCCGAGCUGGAGGACAGCGGGGAGCUGCUGGCCGCCGUGGAUGGGGGCCAACGAAGCCACCUAAGGAAACAGGAGAGCGAGACCAGCACAGACGAAGCUCAGUACUGUGAUGAUGGGAGCGAGGGACAGCGGAGCCGGAGCUGCAGCAUGGGGCAGUCGGACACGGAGGGCGCUGCUCCCCGCUGCCGCAGCCCCCCGGGAGAAGAGCAAAGCGAUGCAGAAGAAUACCCCGAGCGACGCCUUUCCGCUGCCGACGCGGACUACAACACCAACCAGUCCAACAACACAUCCCUGCCUGCCGCUGCCGGCUGCCCGGGGGGCUGGGAGCCAGGCAGCGAGCAGCAGCCCCGCUUUAUCUAAGCCACCGAACGAAAACACCAUGGACCCCGGGACGGGGCAAAGGGGCAAAACCCAGGAACUACCCAGGCGUAGCAACUUGCGAUGUGGAGGGGUGGGGAGGGACAGCACGGAGCCAGGGGCAGCUCGGGGGGGUUUGGUGCGUCAGCUCCAGGCAAGUCCUCGCUGUUUCGUGGCUGGAGCU